GCAAUGACUACUCUAUACACAUCUCGUAAGAAACUAACCAGGACCAUUUCAGUCGGUCCUAUGAGUGAAAGGAAUUUGUUCACAGAGGAGUCACUUUUAACAGAUGUCUCUGACGAAGAUAACGGCGUCAGAUCUAACGUAGGUGACCACCGAAUGUUGAUAAGGAAGCAGCUAUCAGCGCCAUCACAAUAUAAUGAACAUAAAAACCAGAAGAAGAGACGCUCCCAGCAAACCGGCAUUGGAGAUUUUCUUCAUUCGUUAUUUUCUAGUAAAAAACGACAAGAUCAGGUGAGAGCUAUCAAUAAAAAAAAUCUCCAUAUGUCAUGUCCAAAUCUGAACAGCCAAGAUUGUUUCGAUGAACAAUUGCAGCUUGAUAAGGAUGAAGUCAAUGAAAGCAGAAAUAGUAAACGAUCUUCGAGUGCCAAGUAUCCAAUGUCCAGUCGCAACAAGUCUCCUGAGUCCUGUGCUUGUGACACCUUGAAAGUCCCAGAUAUUUUCGUUACCAGCUUAACGAGAUCUCGUAGCGAUGAUACUUCUCAGUCUGGAAUUAGUUUCACUCUUACACAAGAGAACAAACAUUUAAGUACGUCUAAUCUUCAUGACAAGGCGGUUUCACAGAGAUUAUUGUUAACGAGUAGCGAAUCUAAUUCAUUAUGCUGCAGCGAAAAUAUAGCGCAAAUAACGCCAUAUUUGUACGUUGGACGUGUGGAGGCUGCAAAUGAUCAGAGACUCCUUUGCAAACUUGAUAUCCAUUCGUUAGUCGAUAUAACAAAUUUAAAAAGCAGCCAACACAUAAAUCUAGCAUGUCCUUGCACCUGUUCAAAACAAGGCAGUCACACACACCCUAAACUGUAUGUUAAUGUAGACAGCACGGAUCAUAAUCGGAUUCAAGACCAUUUUCCAAUGAUAAAUAAAUUCAUAAAUGGAUCUAAAGAAUUAGGCCGAGCAACACUAAUCUAUAGUGAACACAGCCGGGUUCGUGCACCAGUCGCAGCAAUACAAUAUUUAAUUACAUGUCAGGGGAUGUGCCUACAAGAUGCAUACAGCAUUGUCAAAAGUCGUUGGCCAGCCACGCUUAUCGAUCAAAAUUUUCAGAAAAUUUUCUCUAAAUUAAACCGAAUACAACUGGAAUUAUCAAAGUAUAGGCUCGAGACACGACAUAUAAAUAAAGAUCUUUCUUCAUCACGUUUAAAAGUGAAAACUGCUUGGGCAGAGCAGUCGACCUGAUGUAACAAAUGACCAAGAAGAGGAAACGGAGUUAAAUUUAGUUUGGGAGGAGAGAACAUUUAAUACUUACUCACCGAUAUUCAUUUCCAUGUAUGUAUGUAUGUAUGUAUGUAUGUAUGUAUGUAUGUACGUAUGUAUUCUU